UUUUCACCCCCGCUUAUUUAUGUAUGUAGGAUAUUAUAUAUCUACACUGCGUCGUUUUCUUUUGUUCCAUUAAAACACUAUAUUCCACUUUUCCAUUUCAAUUUGAUUUAGCCCUAAUUUAUCCAUCUCCCCUUUUGGUUCGUCCCUCAGCCUUCUCUUCCUCUCUGCUAUCUCGAUCUGCUCCGUCUUGAUCUCUCAUGCUCGAUCUCCAUUACUUUAGCUCAUCGUAGGCUCUCUCUCUCUCAUCCCUCUCUCUCCACCACCAUUUCUCAGCUGAAGCACUUCUUCCACCUGCGUUUCAGAGGCCGUUUUUCCAUCUGAAAAACCUCCAUCUAAACGAUCUCAAUCUCCGUUUCCCUAUGAGGUAACUCUCUUCGUCCUGCCCGUCCCGUCCCUUCUGUUUCAUAGAGUUAUCCGGCGAUAAACAAGAUGGAUCCCCUAGUUCAGUCACUAAGUCAAUAGUGUAUCCGGUGAACAUCACAUUCCCCCUUCCCUAACUGGUGUAGCAAGUGAACCCCCAAUUAACGGAAGUACCUCAAUUUCAAAUUCUCUCUCUUCCCCUUACGGAUCCUACUCAUCCUCUCUCUCUUGGUGUCUAUUAUAUCCAUUGACUUCAAAGCCUCGAUUGCGAUCGUUUCACAUUUCAGGUCGAGGUUGGAGGAUUUGGAUCUUUGAUUUCAACCGCUGAAUUCAGAAAAGGAAGGAUAAAUAAUAAGUUGACAAUGAAACGAACGGUUAGUGAAGUGGAAAAAGUGAGUGAACAAAAUACCAAAGCUUCAACUUCAAAAUCAUCCCAACCACCGCCGAAGAAGAGACGGGGUCCGACACGAUGCAAGAAUAUCAUAGACGCGAAAACCUUAUUACCUUUAAGGGUUAAUAAGUUUGGACAGCCGAUCGGUCCUGGGAGUGGUACAUAAACUAAUUAUCUGGGAACACUUGCCCGAAAGGGUGAAUUAGCUCUUUUGUGCUACAAAACUUGGUGGGAGAUGCCUAAACAGCUGAAGGAGGAUAUGUGGAACAUUGUAUAGGGAAAAUAUGAUGUGGGAAUCAUGACAAAACAGUGGACAAUAUCCUCCAUCGAAAAAAAAUGGAGGGGGUACAAGUGUGAGUUAAAAAAUGAAUACUACUCAGUUAGGGAUACAGAUGAAGAAAGAUUGGCAAACCUACCACCUAAUGUUGAAAAGGAGCAUUGGGAAUUUUUGGUUAGGCAUUGGGGUACGCCUAUGGCGAAGAAGGUUAACAAAAAAAAUAAAGAACGUCGUGGGAAGCAGACAAAGAUGCAUACUACAGGGACAAAAAGCUUUGCACGUGUUUCUGCCGAGAUUGAGGAAGACGAAGGUAUUCAGCUUUCUCGUGCAGAUUUAUUCAUCCGCACACAUGUAAAUAAGGAUGGCAAAGCUACUGAUGCUGCUGCUUCGGAGAUGACUGAAAAUAUAAGAGAACUUCAAAAAAGUUACUCUGACUCGCCUAUUGGCAGCUCCAAUGAUUUGUUCUCCAUUGUGAGGGGAGAAGAGAGAACUGGUCGUGUGCGGAUGCUUGGCUUCGGGCCUACACUAAGCGAUGUUUGGGGGCCCUCUCCUAGUAAAGCUGAACUGAUUAAUAAUGCUAAAAAAUUUCAGGAGGAGGCACGCGCUACACGUGUAGAGUUGCAGGAGAUGAUUUCAAAAAUGCAAGCCGACUAUGACAACAAGUUGGAAAAUUUACGAGCCAACUACGACGACAAGUUGGAAAAUCUACAACAACAGGUGGCUAUGCUAAUGCAGAUGCAACAAAAUUAUAGUGGACAAGUAUAUUUAUUAUUAGUUUUACUAUUUACUAAAUAUAUGUUUACUUAUGCCAAGAUUUCAUGUAUUUUGUUUUGUUAUUUUGAAGGAUUCUGAUUCUUUAAAUGCUCCUUCUAGAGUAUCCCCAAAUCCAUUUUCUAGUCGUGAUGCCAAUUCAGUUAAGGUUAUGAACUUUUAAUUUCUCUUAUAUAUAUGUUAAAUUUUCAUUUAUUAUAAUGUGCGCUUAAUGAAUUUAUAAAAAAUGUAAGGUAAUUCAAAUUAAAUGGGCAAGAAGACUAGUUGAAGUUGAAGUUGAAGUUGAAGAUGGGGUCGUGACUGUGCUUUUUGAAUUUCCUUCGCUUUGGAUGGGUUCUUUUUGAAAAACUUGUACUACAUUUGUUAAAAAUUCUUAAUUCUUUUUGUGUGACAUUUAGUACCUUUAUCUAGACAAUUUGGAUGGUAUUUUCAUAUUGACAGGUUAACUUGUGGUUGUA